UGUCAGCGAAGCAAUUCCGAAACCGUUGACAAAUCCCACACAUGCAGAAACAAAUCCAAUGCGCUAUGUUUUGAGCUAAGAAAGAACGACUUCUGCUCUGUAGUCAAUGCAACCUUUGCUCCAAAGAUGUGUGCCAACUCCAACUCCACCUUUACCAAAACAAAAUCCAUCCAAGUCGAAAGUUUCCUACGUGCCAACAAAAUUGACCUGGUACCGCCAAGAAAGUUUCCUGCAGAAAUACAGUGGACAAAUAAGCCAGUGAAUUGUAAUGGGACACUAGACAUUAAUUACACCUGCCAGGAACUCAACAAGACUUUGAAUUUAUCUCAGUUGGAACCUUUUACAAAUUACACUUGUACCGGACGUAUUAACCACGGCAAUAGAAGCAUUGAAAAUACCACUUCAUUUAGGAUUGUGUGUGAUGUGAACAUAAACGUAAAUAAGAAUGAUGAACCCACAAAUAGCUCCAUCAGCCUGAAAUUGAACAUGUCCUCCAAGAAGUGCCAAUCCUCUCACCUUAAGGACCACCUUACAUACAAGUGCUGCUGUAAAGAUAAGAAACAAGAACAUAAGUGCAGUGAAACUAAAGAACAGAAAUGUGUCAUCGGUGGCCUGGAUGCAUUCACAGACUAUGACUGCAGUGUACAGCAAGUGAAGUACAAGAAUAAAACCAUCACCUUAUCUCAAAACAAAACAGCAACAAUCAAAACUGCUCCUGGAAGUAGGUGCAUCAUACUGUAUUCCUUAUCAAUCAUAGACAUUAAGAACUAAACUACACUUCAAAGACACUGCAUUAAAUGUGAUUAUGCAGUUAUCGAAGAAGUCGCUGCGUUAAAUGGCAGCUAUGUUUCUAAACAUGUUGCGGUGAUCUCUGAGAAAGUAAUAGAGUAUGAUAUGUACAUGAGAUAGCUACAUGCAGUCUGCUGGUGUCUGUGGACAGGAUGACCAUAAUGUAAUCUGUUGGUGUCUGUGGACAGGAUGACCAUAAUGUAAUCUGUUGGUGUCUGUGGACAGGAUGACCAUAAUGUAAUCUGCUGGUGUCUGUGGACAGGAUGACCAUAAUGUAAUCUGUUGGUGUCUGUGGACAGGAUGACCAUAAUGUAAUCUGUUGGUGUCUGUGGACAGGAUGACCAUAAUGUAAUCUGCUGGUGUCUGUGGACAGGAUGACCAUAAUGUAAUCUGCUGGUGUCUGUGGACAGGAUGACCAUAAUGUAAUCUGUUGGUGUCUGUGGACAGGAUGACCAUAAUGUAAUCUGUUGGUGUCUGUGGACAGGAUGACCAUAAUGUAAUCUGUUGGUGUCUGUGGACAGGAUGACCAUAAUGUAAUCUGUUGGUGUCUGUGGACAGGAUGACCAUAAUGUAAUCUGUUGGUGUCUGUGGACAGGAUGACCAUAAUGUAAUCUGUUGGUGUCUGUGGACAGGAUGACCAUAAUGUAAUCUGUUGGUGUCUGUGGACAGGAUGACCAUAAUGUAAUCUGCUGGUGUCUGUGGACAGGAUGACCAUAAUGUAAUCUGUUGGUGUCUGUGGACAGGAUGACCAUAAUGUAAUCUGCUGGUGUCUGUGGACAGGAUGACCAUAAUGUAAUCUGUUGGAGUCUGUGGACAGGAUGACCAUAAUGUAAUCUGUUGGUGUCUGUGGACAGGAUGACCAUAAUGUAAUCUGUUGGUGUCUGUAGACAGGAUGACCAUAAUGUAAUCUGUUGGUGUCUGUGGACAGGAUGACCAUAAUGUAAUCUGCUGGUGUCUGUGGACAGGAUGACCAUAAUGUAAUCUGUUGGUGUCUGUGGACAGGAUGACCAUAAUGUAAUCUGCUGGUGUCUGUGGACAGGAUGACCAUAAUGUAAUCUGUUGGUGUCUGUGGACAGGAUGACCAUAAUGUAAUCUGUUGGUGUCUGUGGACAGGAUGACCAUAAUGUAAUCUGUUGGUGUCUGUGGACAGGAUGACCAUAAUGUAAUCUGUUGCCUAUGUUUGUGUUUGACAGUACCUGAGGGGUGAACA